GAAAUACAAUAUUGAAACUUAGUCAACACUGGAAGAAGCGAGGAAUUAUUCAAACAGAUCUUGAGCGGUAGGACCCAGAGGAAUCCCUCACUGGCACGAUAGGGAAGUGUCGAAAAGGACAUUUCAUUAUCGCCAGUGAUUGCAGUUACAUUCUACAGGACACCACUAACCGAAGCUACCAAUUGGUUGUGUCUGUUGAUCAGAGCUUCAACUGAUUCCAGGAGACGCGAAGCGCCUGUGUCCUGGUCAGUUUGCUCCCUAGAACUUUGUGAGUUUUGAAAGGUGUGAUCUGCUGAAGGCAAAGAAGAGGUGAUGGGGUCUACACCUUCGCUGCCUGCCUGGGAGAUUCGCAACCUUGCGAACACAACCGGCUUUACUUCAGAGCAAAUUGAAAUCUUGCACAGAAGAUUCUUGCACCUAACGGAUGGGAAGGCUACAAUGUGCAAAGAUUGUUUUGAUAACAUACCAGAUCUGGACUGUAAUCCCAUUAAGUCAAGAAUUGUCAAUGCAUUUUUUGAUAGGAGAAACUUGGGGCAACAAACGAGUGGAACAGUUGAUGAAAUCACGUUUGAAAACUUCCUGACUACUUUAUCGUUUUUCCAACAUAUGGAUGACAACCACACAAAAGAGGACUUAGAAUACUACAAAAAUGAAAAACUGCAAUUUCAGGAGCCUGAACAACUGUACGAUGGAAUAACCUUUGAUGACUUCCUUAAGAUAAUGCAGGAUAUGAAGAUAGAAACAAAAAUGCACGUGCGUUUUCUUAAUAUGGACACUACUGCCAUUUGUAAAUAGUAAAAAUGCAAAUCCAGAUUGCAAAGAAUCCAAGUCAACACAAUCCCACAUGAAAAUCUUUAAUUUUUAACCACGAAGCAAACAAAUUAUUUCAGCCAUUAUUGAAUAGAUUGAUACACACAUAAUUCCACUCAAACUAGUUCAGCUCAUCUUCAUUUUAUAACUUAUUUACUACAUUUUUAUGCUUGGCAAGUACACAGUGUUUUAAGUUUUAGAAUCAAGAACUAAUGUAGUUCCCUCCUGAAUUGAUCAGUGCUACAAUUUCACAGCUUUUUUGUGAACAUAGCUUUCUUUCCUUUGCCUCAUUAAAUGUUGUACUAGAUGCUACAUAAACUACUAUAUUAGAUCUCAAGCAUUUUCUGUGGUUCUAAUAGGUGUAUCCAGCUUAAAAUUUGAAAACAAAAUAAUGUAGAUUCCCGACUCUCCUCUUUCGCCCCCUCUGCUCCCUUUUCCCAUUUCUCUCUCCCUCACUUCCUCCCCUCUCUUACCUCCACUUAAAGGCAAACAAUGUUUUUACGUUUUAUUAGCUGUCCCCAUUCUUCCAACUAAACUGCUCAAUUUCCCAUACUAUUGAUAGCCUGCUGUUCAAUUUACUGUGGAAUUUAAACAAGCCAACAAACCAAGGCUGCUAAUCUCAUUACUUAAAACAUCAAUUAUGUUGUGCUGAAAUAAUGCAAUGGCCCUUCCAGUAAUCUAACAACAACCUGAAUUAAUAAUUAAUAUAAAAAUUAAUAAUUUUAAAAAAGCCCUUCCUUUCAAUCACACAAGUGUCAACAUACUGAGAAACCAGUUCCACAUGACCAAAAUUAAUCUUUGAAAGCAAUUACAAUUGGACCAGCUAAAUUACAAACAUGCACAUUAGACCAACUAUUUAUUUAUGCUACAAACUACUGUUUUGCUCUGACAUUCCUUACCAGCAAUAUCAGUUCCUGCUCUAACUAAAUUUAAACCUGAACUAUGCUGUCUUCAAUGUUUUAAUCUCUGAUCCUGUCUUUAUAAUGUGGAUAAGUCUGUGUCCUUUUGUAUACAUUAUUUAUUUUUCAUUUCCUCUGUGGAUUUACCCUCCCUUCCAGCCCAAAGAACAUGCAAUUAACUUCUGGAAGGCUUAGCCUCUCCAUCCUGGUACUGAUUCUUCGGCAGGGAAGUAAGUACAAACCAGCCUCGUCACUUGUAAAUCCUUUCUGGAAUGAAGUACCUAGAUUUCAUUUAGCAGCUGUCCCCAAAAUCGAUUUGGAAAACACUGUACUUUGAAUCCACAUUGUAUCAAUGUUAUGUCAACAGUGCUCUGUGACUUUAUCAGAUUGUAUUCACUUCAUUAUUUUGAUAGGUUGCACUUACAUCUAAAAUUAAUAGUACAAAGGUAUAAAGUAUCCAAUUCUCAGUAUACAGAAAUGUCUUUUCAGGAUUCAACAACGUAUCUUUAUAUAGACACAUUAUUAAAGAUUCUUUUCAAUAAUUA